AUGACGAGUCUGAGCAGUGAGUCCAAUAAAUCAAGGUACUCUGAUGCUUUGGAAUCCCAUAUCCUUGAUGUAUCAUCCAGCAAUUCUAGCGAGAUCAUCGUCUCAGACAACUACUCUGAGGAGCCACCCUUCAGCACCUUCUCAUCCAGCCAGGCCAGCCUCAACGACGACUCAAACGAUACAUCAAGGACCAUCCCAGACAGUCAAGAAAGCCGAAACAACACCAACCCAGAAGAUGAGCCCAUCAGCAUUACCUACAAAAACCAUAUCUUAGUCCAACUCUCAAAGGACCUUUCACGCCUUCCAGCAGAGAACUUCAAUCGUCUCCAGCAAGUCCAAGAGACAUCCUCUUUCUGGAUCAAACUCUUUCACCACCUAUCAACUCUCGACUCCCAGACACCGCCUCUAAAAAGUCGAGAAUGGGCUGAGUACACCGUCGAAUCUAGUCGGGUCUUAUUCCAAGCCGGCCUAUCAACUAAAAAGAUAGUCUCCAUACUCAAUCACACAAUUCGCUACAUAGCGAAUUGUAUCCUGAAUACGGAUAAUAAGGAGACUAUCUUUUUCGAGAAUGGGCUCAAUGUGUUUUAUGAGCCGGAGUGUUGUGGGAUACCGGACGAGAUGAAGGUGAAGUAUAUGGAGACUUUGGAGCAUUUGAGGGAUCUUGUUGUUCGUGGGGGUAAUGGGGUUAUUGCGCAGCCAGAGGAUGAAGAUAGCGAUGACUCUGUAGUCUCUGCUGCGAGUACUGUGUCUGUGAUGCCUUCUAUUGAGCUGGGAGAAAGGAUUUUUCAGUCGAUUGAGCUGCAGGAAAAUUCUCACAGCCGGGUAAAGGGUAUCCAAGGACGACAGAAGAAGAAUCGAGGACACUUACGCAAGAUCGGGCGAUUUACGAAGGGAAUAGUGAAGAUGCAGAAUAGGGAGAAAAUGAAGAAAAGGUUGAAGAAGAACAGGAAGGCAAGAAGAAGAUCUCAUAAAAACAAACAUAGGGUCGCUAGAGGUGCAAAUUGA